CUCUUUAAACCCUUGUUGACAUUGUUCAGAGUAAAACCCUAGCCUCCCUUUCACCUUCCUCUCUCUCUCUCUCACACACACACGCAGUCUUCAAAUCCGCCGUAAAAAUGACUGGUGAAGCUGUGAAUCCAAAAGCAUACCCACUUGCUGAUGCUCAACUUACUAUUACAAUCAUGGAUCUUGUUCAGCAAGCUGCUAAUUAUAAGCAGCUUAAAAAAGGUGCCAAUGAAGCUACAAAGACACUUAACAGGGGUAUAUCUGAGUUUGUAGUGAUGGCAGCAGAUGCUGAGCCACUUGAAAUUAUUCUUCAUCUUCCUCUCCUUGCCGAAGAUAAGAAUGUCCCCUAUGUUUUUGUGCCCUCGAAGCAAGCCCUUGGACGCGCCUGUGGAGUCACCAGGCCCGUUAUUGCAUGUUCGGUGACCAGUAACGAAGGCAGUCAACUGAGAUCCCAAAUACAGCAGCUAAAGGAUGCUAUUGAGAAGCUUUUGAUCUAGAAGAAGAAAUAUGGAAAUUCGGUGUGAUGGGCCUUCUGGGAUGUGACUCCCAUUAGAGGCUUUGAUCUUUCUUUUCCUAUAAAAACUAUCUUUACUGUACUUGAAUUUUCUUUCUGCAUGCAUUUUUGAACCAAGGACAGAAUGACCUCUAGUUAUAUGUAACAAUGAAGUUUUAUGUGCUAUUUUUCUUGGUUAUUAAGAGUGUUUUUAAGACA